AUGCAAUUCUCUACUAUCGCCAUAGUUGCUCUUUCUGUUCUCUCUCAACACGUCCUUGCUGCCCCAGCCGCUAUUCCAGCUGCUGACGCUGAUGCCGCCAUGAACAUGGAAGCCGUCAAGGGUGCUUUUGCCUCCACCGGCAAAUACAUCGGUACUGGUGCUAAGGCCGUUGGUAAUUUCGCUAAAGAAAACGGUAAGAAGGUCGGUAAAGCCGGUCUCAUUGGUGCUGGUAUCCUUGGUGUUGGUGACAUUGUUUACGAAGCCGGUAAGCACCAUGAAAAAGAAGCUCAAGCCUCCCAAUCUUUGGCUAUUUCCUCUGCUGUCAGCUCUGCUACCAGUGCUUACGCUGCUGGCAUGACAACCACUGUUUCUACCAUCGUUGCUGCCGCAACCCACUCCUCAUAA